AUGGACUGUACUUCUAUGUCGUUUCCUUCCCCUCCCUCCCUCGUUCGCACACUGUCGGAUGAUCCAAUGAUGCUGGACACCUCUCCGGCUUACUCGUCGCCAAUGCGGUCCGUCCAUAAUUAUGUGCCUCACUCUCAGCCUCCCACGGGGCUAGGAAUCUGCAACUGCGAUAUGGGCCCAUCUGCUGAGCAGCUGAGGGUCUAUACUGGAUCAUACCCGUCACCAACAACCGACUGGACUGACCAAUUAAUGCCUCCCGAGACCAUUAUCGAUGCCGCGCUGGACGCUGGCCCAUUUUCUCCUGCGACAAAAUACGAGCCCUUUGGUGGUAUUCCAGAUGUGUCAGCCUCGCCCCUCAGUUUCUACGGUUCCCAGGCGUUGAGUGCGUCGCCAGAAUACGGCGUCCCCAUGGAAAUUGCGGGACAUCACGACAUGCUCCGGAGUCAAAGUUCAGGAAUAUGGCCGAACGCAAACUACUACAACGCCUUCGAUCCCUUCGAGAGACCGAGCAAGAUUAAGGAAGAGCACAACGAACGCUGGGACCAGAGCCUUCUUCCGACUGCCACUGAUGUCCCCAUGACUUCAGCAGUGGCACCGAUGCCGCAAACGAUGAUCAAUAACGAUGUAUCCACUGAUCACCAGCUGACUGGGAGCACCAGUGGCACGCUCGUUGAGGUAGAUCCCAGUGUCGAAAGGCUCUCGAAACGCGGCCAAAGAUCAGUGGCGCAGAGUAAUCCAUACGAGGUAAUCUUGAAGUGGACCAAAAACCAUGACGAAACAUCUAAUGACGAUCCAUCCAAGAUCCCGUCUGCUAGUGGUCUGGAGUGUACCACUUGCGGCACUCGCUUUACUCGACGCUCAAACUGCCGUGAGCACAUGAAGAAACACGACCCAUCUCGAAGGAAGAUGUACACCUGCGACACCUGCGAAAGACCAUUUGGCAGGCGAACUGACCUCAGACGACAUAUCCAUCGUGGCAUUCGGAAGUUUGCCUGCGAUCUAUGUGAUCAGAAGUUCAGUCGACAAGACACGUUAACAAGACACCGAGCUGAUUGCGAGAGACGAAAACGCAAAGCGGCGAAGGAAUCUAAUCGCGCGAAGAACGACCCUGCCCCGCAUUCCCUCUCGACGACCGACAUUCACGAUAUCAAGAUGGAACGAUUUACUCCAGAGAUGUGA